UAUUCAAAGCUCUCUCUCUCUCUCUCCAGUGUAAAGUUUCCAUUUUUUCAAUCUUUCUUGCCUACAUUGGCACCGUAUAUUUAAUUGAGAUAAAAUUCUCAUUCUUAUUCAAUUCUCACGAGAAGCUUUGUCCGAGAGAUUGGAUCCAUUCACCACGACGCUCUCACACUCUCUAAAUUGAUAGAGUCUUGUCAAAGAAGAAGUUUGAUUAGGAUCAUUGCUAAAGUAAUCUUCAAUGCCAAUGCCACUGCAACGUGGCACCUCAGGAGGAGGCAUACGAGCUUCCGAAGCUCUCAGAGACUCUCAAAUGAAAGACAAAACAGGAGACAACACCACCACCUUGAGGUUUCCUUUUACCGACAAGGCUGAUCCUUACACGUCAAGGAACAACAAGCAGAGGUUGAUGCUUCUGUUUGUUAAAACCACUUUGGCUCUUAUUGUCCUUCUUGCUCUCGCUGGCUCCUUCUGGUGGACCAUCUCUAUCUCCACGAGCUCUUCUAGUGGUCACGUGUAUCAACGCAGCCACAGCUACAGGAGGUUACAGGAGCAGCUUGUUUCUGAUUUGUUGGAUAUUGGAGACAUCUCUGUAGGUCCCACUAGGUGGAAAGAGCUGGAGUAUUGUAGUAUAGACUCUGAGAGCUAUGUUCCUUGCUUUAAUGUCUCUGAGAAUAUUGCUUUUGGUUACUCCAAUGGUGAUGAGAGAGAUCGGUUUUGUGGGCCUGGUGGGUCGAGAGAGGGAUGUUUGGUUUUGCCUCCUGUGGAUUAUAAGGUUCCACUGAGGUGGCCAACGGGUAAAGAUGUGAUAUGGUUUCGUAAUGUUAAGAUCACUGCUGAUGAAGUGUUGACUUCUGGUAGUAUCAACAAGAGGAUGAUGAUGUUGGAUGAUGAUCAAGUAUCUUUCCGUUCUGCAUCUCCUAUGUUUGAUGAGAUCGAAGACUAUUCCCAUCAGAUUGCUCAGAUGAUUGGGAUUAAGAAUGAUAACUUCAUUGAAGCUGGUGUGAGAACUAUAUUGGAUAUUGGAUGUGGUUAUGGUAGCUUUGGAGCGCAUCUACUCUCAAAACAACUCUUAACAAUGUGUAUAGCAAACUAUGAAGCCUCAGGUAGCCAAGUUCAGCUAACACUCGAGAGGGGUCUCCCUGCAAUGAUUGCUUCUUUUGUGUCAAAGCAGUUGCCGUAUCCUUCUCUUUCCUUUGAUAUGUUGCAUUGCUCAAGCUGCGGCAUUGAUUGGGACCACAAAGAUGGGCUUUUUCUUGUGGAAAUUGAUAGAGUUUUGAAGCCAGGAGGUUACUUUGUUUGGACAUCUCCUCUUACAAACACUCGUAGCAAAGAGGAUCUUAAGAGAUGGAGCUUUGUUCGUGAUUUUGCUGAGAGUAUCUGUUGGACUCUUUUGUCUCAGCAAGACAAGACUGUUGUUUGGAAGAAGACAACCAAAACCAAAUGUUACAGUUCUAGGAAGCCUGGGGUGGGACCUUCUGUGUGUAACAAAGGGCAUGACGUUGAGUCUCCUUAUUACAAGCCGCUUCAGAUGUGUCUUGGUGGAACACGUAGCAAGAGGUGGAUUCCCAUUGAAGGGAGAACAAGAUGGCCUAGCCGGUCUCACAUGAACAAGACUGAGCUUUCACUAUAUGGUCUUCACCAGGAGGAGGUUGGAGAAGAUGCUGAGAAUUGGAAAGUAACAGUAAGAGAAUACUGGUCUCUCUUGUCUCCUCUGAUAUUCUCUGAUCACCCCAAGAGACCAGGCGAUGAAGAUCCUUCACCUCCUUAUAACAUGCUGAGAAACGUUUUGGACAUGAAUGCUCAGUUCGGUGGUCUCAACUCCGCGUUGCUGGAAGCAAAGAAAACGGUCUGGGUUAUGAACGUUGUUCCUACGGCUGGACCUAACCACCUCCCAAUGAUCCUUGACCGUGGCUUUGUCGGCGUCUUACACGACUGGUGUGAAGCGUUCCCGAGUUAUCCAAGAACAUAUGAUCUUGUCCACGCAGACAAUCUUUUGUCUCUCCAGACAAGUCAGCACCGAAGCUCAUGCUCGCUUCUGAACAUAUUCACAGAGAUUGAUAGAUUACUUCGUCCAGAGGGAUGGGUGAUAAUCCGUGACACGGCACAGCUGGUGGAAACGGCCAGAGCUUUGACAACGCAGUUGAAGUGGGAUGCUAGAGUCAUAGAGGUUGAAAGCAGCAGUGAACAGAGACUCCUCAUCUGCCAAAAGCCUUUCACCAAGCGACAAUCAAUCUAAAACAAGAAGGGACAUAGUAGACACAGGUUUUCUCUAUUUUUUGUUGAAAAGUAUCACAGUGUAGAACCAGUCAUCAAACUAUGGUGUGGGUAUACGGGGAAGAAGAAGAAAGGAGAAAGACACGCCAGGGGACGUAAGACCACCGGUGAAAGUUUCUUUAUCUGGUUUCAUGAGUUUUCCCCAUUUUACAGAAUCUAGAUUUAUUAUAUACAAGUGAAAAGAAUAUGUACCAACAUUAGUGAAGAUUUAAUAAAAUAGUUGUAUUUCAUUUUCAA